AGUGGGUGUCUAUAUAGUGUUGAAGUGCUUUCUUUUGAUGAAAAUAUUGGGCUAGUCGAUCACGUGCAUACGAGCCAUAGUCGAAUGGAAUCACCGAAUCCUCGGCGUUCACAAACGCCCAACAGGUCCAAUACAUGUUGGCUACAGCCAUAAACAGUGUCGAUUCGGUGAUAAGACGUUCAAGAUCGGCUUCUCUGUCACCGGUCACGAGAUCAGAUGGGAAAUGAGGAUUGUUACCGGCAUCGCGCAUCUUAUAAACUUCAUCCAAAUAGGCCUCACAAAAGCUUUUUCUCUCAUAAACGACAUCGAACAUAUCGUCAUACACCUUGUAAUAGGGCGGUUUGUCACAAUUGUAAUCGUAAGCAUAUUCGCAGAAGUGAUUGCCGAGGUCGAAUCCUCUGA